GCUCCUCCCCUGGGUGGGUCCCCGCGCCUUUUCUGGCGGGGUCUAUUUGCAUAGAAGGAACUGCUCGCAGUGGCCGCUGCGUCUGAGCGGGCGGUUAGGGGGGCGUGCGCGAUCCGCGGCGGCCCGGACGCCGAGCCCCGCAGCCGCCGACCUGGAGCCGCCCCGGGCCGUAGCGCCGUCGCAGAACCGGCCGGUCGCCAUGGGCGCGGGCGAGCGCGCGGCGGGCGGGGGAGGCGCGCAGGACCCCGGCGCGGGCUGCGGGGCGCGGGCGCUGGGCGCGCUGUGUCUGCUGCUGUCGGUGGGCUCUGCCGCCGCCUGUCUCCUGCUGGGCGCCCAGGCGGCCGCUCUGCAUGGCCGAGUGGCGGCGCUGGAGCAGGAGCGCGAGCUGUUGCAGCGUGCGGGGCCGUCCGGAGCCCUGACCGCCUGGGCCGAAACGCACUUGGAGCGUCUGCUACGGGAGAAGUUGGAUGGAGUCGCCAAGCUCAGGACAGUUCGAGAAGCCCCCUCUGAGUGCAUCUGUCCCCCUGGUCCCCCUGGACGGCGUGGCAAGCCUGGACGAAGAGGCGACCCUGGCCCUCCAGGGCAAUCAGGACGAGAUGGCUACCCGGGACCUCUAGGUCUGGACGGCAAGCCAGGACUUCCAGGCCCCAAAGGGGAAAAGGGUGCACCAGGAGACUUUGGCCCACGGGGAGCCCAAGGGCAAGAUGGAGCUGCAGGACCACCCGGGCCUCCUGGACCACCUGGGGCUCGGGGCCCUCCUGGUGACACUGGAAAAGAUGGCCCCCGAGGAGCUCCAGGCCCAGCGGGUCCCAGAGGAGAGCCUGGACAACAUGGCGAAAUGGGCCCCAAAGGACCUCCAGGACCCAAGGGAGAACCUGGCACUCCUGGAAAGAAGGGGGAUGAUGGGAUACCCAGCCAGCCAGGACUCCCUGGACCCCCAGGGCCCAAGGGUGAGCCAGGGGAUGUGGGGCCACAAGGAGAGAAUGGAGUGGACGGAGCUCCUGGACUGAAGGGGGAGCCCGGUCACCCAGGCACGGAUGGAGCCACAGGGCCCCGGGGUCCCCCGGGCCUCAAGGGAGAACAAGGUGACACCGUGGUAAUAGACUAUGACGGCAGGAUCUUGGAUGCCCUGAAGGGUCCUCCUGGACCACAGGGAGCUCCUGGGCCACCGGGAAUCCCCGGAGCCAAGGGUGAACUUGGAUUGCCUGGUGCUCCAGGGAUCGAUGGAGAGAAGGGUCCCAAAGGACCAAAAGGAGACCCAGGAGAGCCUGGACCAGCUGGGCCCAAAGGGGAAACAGGAGAGAUGGGCCUGUCAGGUCUUCCGGGUGCCGAUGGUCCCAAGGGAGAAAAGGGAGAGUCAGCACCUGACCACCUACAGGAGAGCCUGGCCCAGGUCAUAGUGGAGCCGGGGCCCCCCGGUCCUCCUGGCCCCCCUGGCCCUAUGGGCCUUCAGGGGAUCCAGGGUCCCAAGGGCCUGGAUGGAGCCAAGGGAGAAAAGGGUGCAUCGGGUGAGAGAGGCCCUCACGGCCUGCCUGGACCAGUUGGCCCACCAGGCCUUAUUGGGUUGCCAGGAACCAAAGGAGAGAAGGGCAGACCCGGAGAGCCAGGACUCGAUGGUUUCCCGGGACCCAGGGGAGAGAAGGGCGACCGAAGUGAACGUGGAGAGAAGGGGGAGCGAGGAGUUCCUGGCCGGAAAGGAGUGAAGGGCCAGAAGGGAGAGCCAGGCCCACCAGGCCUUGACCAGCCAUGCCCUGUGGGCCCCGACGGGUUGCCUGUGCCUGGUUGCUGGCAUAAGUGAUCCUCAGACAUAGCUCCCAACCUGUACAGAUUCGUUUGGAUGUUUUUUAACUCGUGUAAAAACAAAACAGUAAUAUAUUGAACUUCUUUAUGGGAUGUGCCAACUGUGGCCUGUAAGAUUUGCAAGUGCGCCAACCAGCCCCUGGACAGUCUGCACAGGAAGCCUGCAGGAACGCAAACAGGCUGCACUGGGGAAACUUGUGUUCAAAGGCCCCUGGCAGGGCCUGGCUUUCCCAGGGAAGACGAAGACGACGAAGGUGAGCCUGGCUCAGGUGAGGCUGGACAGACUCCAGGUUGGGCUUACAAUCACCUGAUUAGCAGAGAUGUAUAACAACUGUUCCCUGAAACCGCACUGCCCCAACUUCUCACUGCCCAACGACACCCCCUUGGACAACUGCUGUACCCUCUUGCCUCUGGAUUGUGCUGUAGGCAGCUGCACUGGGACCCUAUGUUCAAUAGGGCCGGCAAAGAUUCCUAGAACCCAGCACUUGGGGAGAAGGCAGUGGAAAGAACUCCAGGAUGGCCUUGCUCCACCCAAGUUCAGUAGGCUUCCAGAAGCCACCCUGACACAGGAGCUUGUAUCCUCGGACCUUGGGAAAUGGCAAGGCUCUGUGGAUACCUCAGAGUGCAGCUAGCUGCAGGCAGCCCAGUGACCCCUGGCUCUAAGGUGAAGAGACCCGUACCCACUAGUUGCUACUUCUAGUCUUCUUACAGCCUCACCCAGAGCAGAAGCAGGAAGAAGCUUUGUUAGCCCUGAGGAGACAGGACUUCUGUUCAGAACUUGUGUCUCACUGGCCUCAAGUCUCCCACCUAGACCUCUGGUCAGUCUGACAGAAACAGGCCUUCUAGUAAGUGGUACAGACACCGUGAGCCUGAAGGCUGGUCCCCCCCGCAAGCCUGAGAAAAACACCUGUGACUGAAACCCCUGCCCUCUGUGAAGGGACUUGAACACCUCUAACCAAGGUUCCUAGCUCCUGCUCCAUCCACAGCUUCACAUCUCUCCUUGUGUAAAGGCGCCAUGAGUAAUAAACCACAAAUGUGUGUCAGGUGUGCCUGUCCCUACAGACUUCCUGGUCACCUCUGGCUGAGUUUCAUUCCAAUGGUUCCUGGCUGAAGAGGCAAAGGGGCUUUCCCUGGGGUUCAGAGUAGGAGAUAGGAGGAUACAAGCUCAAGACCUGGACUCAGGUCAGCAGAAUCCUGGGACCGGGCACAGCCUGUCCCUGAGCCUCUCUAUUCCCUUCUAUUAUGCUCAGCAAGGACACCCCAAAUUUGUUGCCUCAAAAUGUCCAUUUUCUCAGUUCUAAGGAUUCAGGGGUUUGCCUGAACAGGCCUCACGUGGACUCUCCCUCAUCUGUCUGUCAGCUAGGAUCCCAGUGACUAUGACACCUACCUACCUGUGACUUUUAUGCAUGGCCUGGGCUUCCUCACAGCAUGGCAGCAGGAUUCCUACAAACCUAUGUCACUUCAUAUGACCAAGCCUUCAAAGUCACAUGCUGCCACUUCCUGCCAGAGCCAGAGGUUCACCCCAGUUGAAGUAGAAGACAGACCCACCUCUCAAUGAGGAAAAUGUCAAUGUCACGUUUAAAUGAGAAAAUAUGGGAGAGUAGAUUUCAUUGUAGCCUUCAAAAAUAAAAUAAAAUUAAAAUAAAAUUAAAAUAAAAUGGGCUCUCUUGUAGCCCAGGCUAGCAUUGAACUCACUGUGUAUGUAGCUUAGGAUGACCUUAAAGUUCUGACCCUCCAGUCUCUACUCCCAAGUACUGGAGUUACAGUUGUGCCUGACUUAUACAGUUCGAAUCUAAGGUUUUAUGCCUGUCAGGCAAGCACUGAACCAAAAAAGCUCCAAUCUUAGCCCUUGUCACAGCAUCUUAAGUAGUGUCUCCUGCCACUCACCUGUAGCACGAGACAGAAAAGCUCAACAUUCAGAUGUGGUCCAGUAAGAUUCAGCUCUGUGGAAUAUACACAGAGAGCCUGGGACAGGUCAGACACCCCAAAGUACCUGUGGCUGUCUGUCCCUGCUCUGUCUGCUCCAAGACGGAAUAGUAACCUCAUCCUGCAGAGUGGGCCCAUGUCUCCCUCUAACUUGUCCUUACAGCAACCUGAAGAAAGAUGCUCAACAAACGUGCCCAUUUUCAUAGAUGACAAAACCAAGCUCUUUCUCUGUGUGCAGAAAAAACCAGGAGUGACAAUAACAGUGUCUUUGCCCCUCUCCUCCAAGGGCAGAGAUCCAAGGAGGGCCACACUCCCCAGACUGUACACAUGCAGUCUUUGCUAAGCAGAGGCCCACCCCGACACAGGUGAUGUUAAGUCCCUACCUCUGUCCCCCUGAGGAGUUGGCAAUAAAUAGCAGACCAUGUUCUCUGCCACACUGGAUCAACUAGAGAAGCAGAAGUAAGGGGUUGGGAGUGGGGGAACAGAUGUAGUGGACCAAGAUGACUAACGUAGCUCACUGGUGUCAGUGCCUGCUCUGGAGAAGCAGCGUAGCCUCCCAAGUCCACCACAUUCCACAGUUGGCAAAGCGCUCCUCCUUCAUCCCAAGAACAACAUCAUUCGGUCCCCUUUUCAGUCCUGCGAAGAAAGGGUCUGCAGGGGUAGGUGUCACUGAAUCUAUUUUACAUAUAGGAAGUCAGAGGCUCGCAGGGGGUAGUCAUCUGCUCAGGGAUACACAGCCAGGCUAGAGUGACAGGCUAGACCUUCAUGCUCUUGGAGGGCCCCUAAUUUUUCCUCAGAAUUGUUUGGCAACACAUGGAAUCUGCCGGACAGACCUCUGACACUGGGUGGACAGGAAAUAGAGCUUUCUAGAGGAAAGAAAAAACAGGAAAGUAGAGCUGCAAGUCCUCCCUUUCACCUCUCAGACUGGCUGCUGUGGGCCAUUCUUGGCUUGUUACUGCCCCCGUGUGGACUCAUACCUUGUAUUCUUGCGAAUGGACAUGCAGAGCCAUUGAGUGUACUAUGCCAGCCUGGAGUGAGGACAGAAUGAGUUGUUCAAGGUCCCAAGUGAGGUGCUAGGAAGUGCACUGCCUCGACAAUGAGCCUCAAGGACUGAGAGGCCUUGGUUCUCCCUACAAAGAAGGACAGUUCUCUGUAAGUCAUAUAAAUCUGGGAGGAGCCUGUUUAUUGAGUCCUUGACUAGUCCAUGUUCCACAGCCACUAAAGAAACUACAAAGAUGACUGUCCCCGUCGGCAGAUGGCUCCGAGGCUUGAGAAAAGUGACCUUACUAGAUUUCCUGCCCUUAAAGGAGGCUUUAAGUUGUCACAGGAUUGGGAGACACCCCUGGCAUUCAGCAGAGUCAAGGUUAGCAUACACCUGAAAUCCAGGACACUGGACACGUCCAGUGGCAAAACUGCUCACUGUGAAUGCCAGCUGAGAAAACCCUGCUCUCAAUUCAAGGGUUAAGCAUGGGGUAUAUUUGCUUGCUUGUUGAGAAAGAGUCCCAAUACAUAGCCUAGGCUGGUCCCAAAAUUACAGUUCUGCCUCAGCGCCCCAAGUGCUGGGAUCACAGGCUUGCACCACCAUGCCCCCCACUACAUCCAAGUCUUGCUCAGUCCCUUCCUCCUCUCAGCCUGUGCCCUCUUGGCCUCCAGUGUUGCCUUGAAAGACAGAUACCAGAAAAUAAAGAGAGGAUGCUUAGCAUGGGGCCAGGGGCAGGAAGAAGACAGAUGGACUCUUAGGUGGGUUUAUGGUUAAAAACCCUGUUCAGUAUGGGAAGAUGGAAGGGCUCUGUGGCUGGGUGUUGGUGACAGGAUGCAACAUUGAAAAUGUAAUGCCACUGAAUUGUACCCUUCAAAAUGGCUUGUUUUUUAUGUAUAUUUUACCACAAUAAAAACAAAUGA